AGAAUUUGCCAAAGGGCGGAGAAUACUAUUCAGCCACGGAUUGAACAUAUCAUCGCUGAUCUUCUGGAAGCGAUUGGAGAAAGUCCGACCCGCCAGGGUCUGAGAGAUACCCCCCAGCGGGUAGCUCGUAUGUACGGCGAACUUUUCUCCGGUGUGGGCCUUGACCCCAAAGAUGCCAUUGACGCCGUUUUUGACGAGGAGAGCGCCGACCCGGUAAUUCUGCGCAAUGUCUCCUUUUAUUCCGUGUGCGAGCACCACCUUCUGCCCUUCUUUGGCUCCGCCAGUUUGGCUUACGUCCCCAACGGCCGCAUCGCCGGCAUCAGCAAGCUUGCCCGCUCCCUUGACUUGGCCUGCCGCCGUCCCCAGGUACAGGAACGCUUGACCGGUCAAGUUGCCGACGCCAUCCUGACGGCCCUCACACCCCAGGGUGUGGCGGUAGAACUGGAAGCGGAACAUCUCUGCAUGGCCAUGCGCGGCAUCCAGAAGCAAGGAGCGAGGGUGGUCACCACUGCCGUCAGGGGCGAAUUCCCCGAUGGCCGCUGGGACGGGAACAGUCUGUUGGCCCUGUUGCGGAGGGAUUCCUGA